AUGGCUUUUACUCUGGGGGAAACUCACAAUUUCGUCAAAUUUGUUGUUUUUGGGGUGCCUCUCAGCGCAAAACUCCCUUACGAGGUGGUCGUCCGAUAUCUUCCCAGCAUUCUUCAUCUGAUCGACCCGCGCAUCUCUUCUCGCCGCUCACCGACAAUUGACUUGACAACAAUUAUUCGCCAGACGGAUUUACCCAGUGUCAUUCCGUGGAGACUCUAUUGUUGCUGUUUGGAUCGACUUCUCAAGAGCCUAAGCGAACUGUACUGGAGUCCCUUCGUGACCUCGCAUAUCAUGACACGACUGAUGGGGGAGAUAGUCGAGGAAACAUGGGGACGUAGUCUCAAGUACUUCGCAUGCUACCAAAAUAUACUGGGCAGAGACUGUCUUAAUAUGCCUCGAGAGCUCCGUGAUGACCUAUCAGACUACAUCCUUGACGUUCUUCCCAGAAUAGCCAGAAAUGCGCCCCUUGCGGUAUCGCUGAAUUUCGUGAAAUUGUUGGAAAAAAGAAGAUUCAACGAAGGAAUGAGCGUCCUCUGGAGCUCGUUACCUUCGAGGAAACUGUCAGAACUUAUUCUUUCUGACGGACAAAUUGAUCUUGCUUUGUCAAGACAGCCAUCAAGUCGAAUCAUGCAAUUCGUUAUUGAACAAUCGCCGGACACGGAAGAGGACUUCGGUUCUUUUGAUUUGGGUCAAAUGUGGCAUCGCCACGAUCCGUUCGACUCAGAUGAUGGAUUCGUUCAUGGGUGGAGGAGGGGAGGAGGAAGGAGGAGGCAUAGACAUGGCUGGGAAGGUUUUACGUGGGACCUCCGGCCCCAAGCAACAUUGAGAUAG